AUUUUUAUCUUAAUCGAUAGUUAGGGAAUAGGCCACUCCGUAUUUUCGCCCCCUUUUGCAGCUUUUUGACUCGAUCAGGGGCUCAAGAACAGGAGUGUCGAAGUUGUUGGUGACUGCAGGAUCGGCGGUAGGCGGCAGCUGCCGGCAGCGCCGCGCUCGCCAGCCAUGAGUGUAGGCGGGGGCGGGGGCGUGCGGCCGCCCUCGCCGGCCGAGCCGCUCGACGACCCGGGCCUCAUGUUCCGCCGGCUGGAGCAGGCCGACACAGACGAGGCCGGUCACAUCAAGGAGCUGUUCAGGGAAAACCUGCGCGGACCGACCGGCGAGGCAUGGCUCCUGAACGGUCUGAUUGACUACUACGUGAGCACCGGGUCGGCCCGCUGCCUGGAGAUCCUGCUCACCUGUGGGGACGGCAACUCACGCGCCCUCAUCGAAAGGCUGCACCAGCUGCUGAAAUCUCCGGAGCAGCGCGGCGCCGGCCUCCGGCUGCUCGGAUACUAUGUGCGCAAACACCCCGUCUGGCUGAGAAAGAUCGUCACCCAGCCCAGCCCGAGCAUCGUCAAGGAUCUGUUCAGGAUCAUUAAGUCUGAGUGUGAAGUGCAAUGUAUCAUCUCGGCGGCGCUGAUCCUCGUCAUUCUGAUGCCCAUGUUUCCCGUGGCGCUGGUAGACUUCAUCCAGGACCUGUUUCAGGUGCUCAGCCGACUGACGCAGAUGGUCUCCAGUCCGUCAACCCAUCUGAGUCAGACACACCAGCUGCACCUGCACGUGGCCACGUACUCGUACUUUGUACGAGUGUACGCCAUGUACCCGUGUAACCUGCUCAGCUACCUGCGUCAGCACUACGGCCAGCGCGACAGCCUGCCCGUCUUCAACAGGACUAUACGGCCACUGCUGCAGCACGUGCGAAUGCAUCCCCUGCUGGUGACCGGUUCCAACUCGACCGAGACAUCGCCGCACCGCUGGCAGCGCAAGGAAACGCACGACAUCGUGGCAGAGUGCUCACAUUUCUCACUGGAUAUUCUGGAGGCGUCAGCGAUGGACAACGUGAGCGGGCCGCUCUGGAGCCUGUCUGCGCACGAUGAGGCUGACGCUCUGGGUCCGACGGACGUCGGUCUGGGCGACCAGGAGGUGCUGGGCAUCCACGACAUCCUCUGCUCGCCGGCCACGUUCGCGGCCCGCUCGGCGGCCGGGGAGGCGGAGGGAGGCACCGGCUGUGAGACAGCCGUGGAGGCCACGCCGGAGAGCACCCCGGCGCCGACGCCGACCGUCACACCGCAGCGGGAUUUAGAGAACCCUCCACUACUACGGCCCACGUCGGCCUCUGUCCAGGCGUCGCACGCGCUGGCAGCCCUGGUCGGCCCCAAGCAGACGACCCCGACUACCACCGACUCGACUCCCACCUCACCACAGAAGAAACCGGCUGCACCCUUCAGGUUUAUUGAAAGUGACCACUCGCAGCAGCAGCAGCAACAACAUCCCUUCAGCGGCCGACUGGGUCAGGUUCUGACCGAGCGGGCCGACUCUGGAGGCGGUGCUGCCGGCGGCGGCGGCCAGCAGGAGAGAGCCGCCCUCGUCGAGGAGGCGGCCGCCCCCGCGCCGCUGCCGUCAGUCAGCGGCCUGCGCGACCGGCGCACCUCCGGCAAACUGAGCCCCAUCAAACUGAAACUGGCGCCGGUGGUAUCCCCGGUGCAGUUUGCCGAGGGCCCGCCGCCAGUCACCCGGCCGGUGCCCCGCACCUCGGGCACCUCCGGCUCGUCGUCGGCGUCGGGCGGCGCUCCGUGGCGCGGCCCGGGCACCCCGUCCCGGCCGGCCACCGGCGACUGGUCCGACUGCGCCGCCGACCACUCGGCAGAGGACCGCGAGGUCAGCGACCUGACCCGGCUGCAGCCGCCGACGGCCGCCACCUCCGGCAACCUGACGCCGUUCGCGUCGACCACGGCGCAGCUGACGCAGGCGCACCCGCUGCGGCUGCCAGUGACGGCGGCGGCGGCCAUCCCGUGCCGCUCGGCCACCGGUGACCGAGAGGAGGAGGACUCACCGCCGCCGGUGCUGGCCGCCUCGCUGCCGCAGAGUCGGCUCGACUUCGACCUGGUGCGCCACAUGACCCGCUACUACAGCCAGCACGUGCUGCCGAGCCGCCAGCACCGGCGCACCAGCUCGUGCCCGGACGUGGCGGCGCUGACGGAGCCGGCGCCGGCGCCGGCGGUGACGCCCGCCCGUCAGCCGCCGACGCGCCGCUCCGACACCGGCUGUCAGACCGAGGACACGCACCACCCGUCGGCGUACGAGCACCUGCUGACGGUGGCGCUGCCGCCGCCGCCGGCCGUCCCGCACCAGCAGGUUACACUAUCGCCGCACCAGCUGCUACGUGAGCACGUCUCACAGACGAUGCCGAACGCCCGCCUGAUGCACGAGCUGCUACUGUACGAGCGGUACAAGCGCGAGGUGCACGCCCACAGAAACCGACGCCUGUUCGACCGCACGCGCGCCACCCGACGACUGGAGGAGGAGAAUCGCGAGCUGAAGAGACAGGUGGAGGUGAUGUCUGUAGACGUGGCCGAGUGUAACCGGCAGCUGCAGCUGGUGAAGCGGCAGGCGGUGCGCGCCGGCGAGGAGCACCGAGCCGCCGCCCUCCGGCUGGAGCACCGCGCCGCAGAGGAGUGUCGUCUGCGCGAGCAGCUGGAGGCGCGGCUGGAGGAGCAGCGCCGCGCCAGCGACCAGCUGGCGGCGCAGCUGCGACAGCAGGACGAGCAGCUGCAGCAGGCCCGCUGCCAGCUGCUCGACACCGAGCGGCAGCUGGCCUACUCGCAGGAGAAGGCGCUCAGAAAGUCGGAACUGGAGGCGCGUGUGCUGGAGCUGGAGCGCCGUCUGCUGAUGGUCGGCCAGCUGCGGCAGCCUGUCAGUGGCGUUGCGCCCUCCGCCGCCGACCCGGCCGCCGGCGGCGACCCGUGGGCUCAGCUGGAGCCGCCGCCACCGCCGCCAGACGAGGAGGGUCGCCGCCGCGCCGAGGCGGUCGCCAGCGGCCUGGAGCAGCAGCUGAGAGACCGAGAGCUGACCAUCAGCGAGCUGCGCCGGCUCAUGGAGGCCAUGCGCGUGCGUCACCACGAGCAGAUUCAGGCGAUGGAUGAGCGGUACCAGGCGGUGAAGCAGCACCUACAGAUGGCCGAGACGCGUCUGCUCAGAGUCUCGGAGCCGGGCGGACAGCGCAGUAACGGCGCCGAGCUGCCGGCGCCGACCGGAAAGGCGGCACGCGCCGACCCCGGCACCUGGGACCUGCGUGACGCCAUCUGAGACUGAGAGAGUACUGGCCGUAUCGGCCGCCAGGGGCGCCACCGCCGCGGACUGGGUAAUCAGGCGCUGUGAGCCGGGCAUCGCCGCCCGCCGGGGCGCGCUUCGGUGUGUGCCAGUGGAGCGGGGACUGACUGAAUGAAUGGUGUACGGAGCUACCGAUACGGGAAAACGCCUAGGUAUAUAUCUUUAUAUAAGGUGCAGUUACGCGGAAAACAUUUACGCCAAUCGUGAUUCGGUGCAGAGUGGGUCGCCGAGCUUCUGGGGGUCACUGGAGCUAGCAGAGUGUGAUUAUUUUGUUGUUCGUUUGGCUCUUUUGAGUUGGCCAUUACGCGUUAUUGCCCGGUCGGGAAGACAUUUGUUCACUUUGAGGCUUGAAUAUACGUUUAUCCUUUGCAA